AUGGAUUUAAAUACGAUUGCGAGCAGAAAGACCAAGAAGAAGGAAGGAGGAGCUAAAAGAGCUCAGAGAGCCUCGUCCAACGUGUUCUCCAUGUUUGAACAAACUCAGAUCCAAGAGUUCAAAGAGGCGUUCACGCUGAUCGACCAGAACCGGGACGGGUUCAUUGAUAAAGAAGACCUGAAGGACACCUACGCCUCUCUGGGUAAACUCAACGUGAAGGACUCGGAGCUGGAAGACAUGCUGAAGGAAGCCAGCGGCCCGAUCAACUUCACCAUGUUCCUCGGGCUGUUCGGAGAAAAGCUGCACGGUACUGACCCUGAAGAAACCAUCUUAAAUGCUUUCAAACUGUUCGACCCAGAUGCCCGAGGUUUCGUCCACACACACGAAUUACAGAAACUUCUGAUGACUCAGGCGGACCGCUUCACACCUGAGGAGGUGAAGCAGAUGUUUCAGUCGUCGAACAUCGACGCGGCCGGAAACCUGGAUUACAAAUCUCUGUGUUACAUCAUCACCCACGGAGAGGAGCAGGAGGAAGCCUAA